AAUCACGAAGACGACGAGUGAAGAAGAAGAAGAAGCAAUGGGGAGAAAGAAGGGAUUACCGGAGUUCGAAGAGUCGGCGCCGGAUGGCUUUGAUCCGGAAAAUCCAUACAAGGAUCCGGUGGCGAUGGUUGAAAUGAGAGAGCACAUCGUUCGAGAGAAAUGGAUCCAAAUCGAGAAGGCUAAGAUCUUGCGUGAGAAGGUCAAAUGGUGUUACCGCGUCGAAGGAGUCAAUCACUAUCAGAAAUGUCGUCAUCUUGUUCAGCAGUAUCUCGAUUCCACUCGCGGCGUCGGUUGGGGAAAGGAUCAUCGUCCUAUUUCGCUCCACGGUCCCAAACCGGAGGCUGUUGAAGCUGAAUAAUGUUGUGUGCCUCAUUGAGGUAAGAAGCUGGCUCUGGGUUUAUGUUUCUCGAAGCAUUGUGUUGAUUGUUUAAUUUGCUAUAAUCUGAAAGAAAACGUAUGACACAUUUGGCAUUUCUAGGAGGUUAAUUUUCGAUAUGACUUUAGGAGCCACCAUGCUUGUGUUUACUAGAGUAUGUUGCAUUGUUGCUAGUUAAUAUAAGGAAAGUCAGCCAUUUGAAUCAUUGUCUUUAAGGCCUAUUAAGUGUUAAGUGACUAGUAAUUGUAGAAAUUGUUAAGGAAAGAAACUAUAAUCGGAAGUCUUAUAACAUUCACUCAUAUUGAGGUAGAGGUUGUUAAUAGUUAUCAUUUUUCUCUCCACCACAAAGUUAAUCCUAGCAACAUUGGUACAAUAAGCUGAGGUAUGAAACAUAUUUUGUACCCAACUUGUGGAGGAAGUUAUACAUGUGUUAAGUUUAGGUGAAACCUCCACUGUUAUGUUAUGAACUGAGCCAAACGUGGAAUUCAAACUGCUGUACGCUAUUGGUUCUUGUGCACAACCCCCUGCUUGUUUCACUUUCAUUACGAGCUUGGUGAUUCAAAGGCUCUUCCUUAUUUUUUUUGAUGCAGAUGUCUGAGGUUUUGAUAUGG